UCCAGGACUCCUCCAAGUGUAUUCUGCACAGAGGACAUGGGACAUCUGAGAGCAAUGACAGGACAGCCAUGUAACUAUGGAAACAAGCAUAAGUAUGGCAGUGAAAUUUAUCUUGUUAUUGUUUGUUGCUGCCUUUGUUCCUGUUGUGACUAUCAGACCUCUCAAACUGGAUAGAGCUCUCUAUAAUAAACUGAUCACGGAAUCACAAACUGAACCACAAGAGGAAAUUGUCAAUACCCAUAACGCCUUCAGGAGAAAAGUGUCCCCGCCAGCCAGGAACAUGCUGAAAGUGAGUUGGAGUUCAGCUGCUGCAGAGAAUGCUAGAAUCUUGGCGAGGUACUGUGACAAGUCAGACAGUGACUCACUUGAGAGACGACUACCAAAUACAUUUUGUGGAGAAAAUAUGCUUAUGGAACAUUAUCCCUCUUCCUGGUCAAAAGUUAUUGAAAUCUGGUUCAAUGAGUCCAAAUACUUCAAAUAUGGAGAAUGGCCAUCCACAGAUGAUGACAUCGAAACUGAUCACUACACUCAGAUGGUCUGGGCCUCUACCUACCUCGUUGGCUGUGAUGUUGCAGCUUGUCGCAGACAAAAGGCAGCUACAUAUCUUUAUGUGUGUCACUAUUGUCAUGAGGGAAAUCAUCAAGAUACACUAAAUAUGCCUUAUAAGGAGGGCUCACCAUGUGACGAUUGUCCAAAUAACUGCGAAGAUGGACUGUGCACUAACCCCUGCAUUUAUUAUGAUGAAUACAACAACUGUGAUACGCAGGUAAAACUUUAUGGGUGCUCACAUCCAGCUGUCCAGCCAUUCUGCAAGGCUUCUUGUCUGUGUACAACUGAAAUAAAAUAACCUAAAGUUUGCUACUAUGCUCUGAAGAUAAAGUGUGUUUUCAGGCUCAAUUAUUUCACCUUAAUGUAAUGUACUGUAAGAUUUUGUACUGAAUUUCAUUUUUUUAAAUUAUGCUCAAGAACUUAAUUUUUAACCAUCAUUUAUAGACAUCAAUAUAUUUUCAUCAAUUCUGUGCCCAGUGCAUGUAAUAACAAAGAUUUAAAUUUCAUUGUUUAAUGAAAGGGCAAGUCAAAUGCUUGCCCCAAAUUUAAUACAUGUGAUUUGUGAUAUGUAGCUAAACUUAAUCCAGCUAAUGAAUAUUCUUCAUCUGUAACUUGUAGUAAAAUAGCUUUUACCUAACCCUUUUCCCAAUAUCUCCACUUCCCAACAACCCUAAUUUUUUUUGUUUUAAUGUUUAAUUUUCAUUCUAUUUUAAAUCAGACAUUAAAAAUAUUCAACAAACAAACAAGAGUCAGGCUUCAACUUGAAGUAUAGAUAUGACUCAACUAAGAGUGGUCAAAAUGUCUCCCAAACUCAUUAGUAUCUCAGCAUGCAUGUUUGUGAUGUAGGAAAUGAGAGCCAGGCUGUCUUUGGGUUCCUUGUCCCUUCACCUAGAUUUCUCCUGUGCCCUCCUACACACCCCUGUUGCCCUGAGCACCCCAUUCCUAGAUUGUCGUGUAUCUAAAACCAUAAUGAAAUGACCAUAACACCAGGCUGCCAAAUUAUUUGAAAUAUCUAAUCCUUU